UCAACGAACUGCUUCCUCCUCCAUCCUCCUCGUCGCCGUCCUCCUCGUCCCCAAUCGACUCGUGUUCCGAUUGGAGCGGAGGGGAGGGCACAUCCAGACUCCGAAUCGAUCUCGUUCCCCGGUGAGCACCCCUUACUUGCUCCGGUUGAAUCUUUCAACGCGUCAACCGAGGAAACAAAUCCAAAUCUUUCUUCCUCUCCAUCAGUCCGUAGCGGAUUGGGCAGCUUGGUGGUGGUUUGCUGCUAAUCCAAUCCAUCCAUCAAUCCGUGCCCCUGGUUCGGUUGAAUCUCGUCUUCCUCGUCGUCUCUGGCCGCGCAAGAUCGAUUGAAUUCUUCCUCUGGUGCGGCCGCGGGCGCGGGAGAGGAUGGAGUUUGCAAGGAAGCCUCUGAGCUUGGUGGAGCUCUGCGUCCGGACGGUCAUCGACAACCUCCGGUACGUUGGCAGCGUCGACGGCGUCGAGAUCGAACUGCUCAAGCGCAUCCUGCCUCACUGCACGCUGGAGCAGAUCACCCGCAUAGAGAGCCUCACCGAGAUGGAUCUUAGCCCGGUCACGGAUGCGCUGUGGAAGCGAUUCUAUCAGCGGCAAUUCGGCGAGGACCAUAUGAACCAUGUCAUCAAGAGGAUGAAGCACAGCGGAGUGCAUUACAAAUGGAAGGAUCUCUUCAGGGCAAAAACAGAAAAGCAGAAGGAAAUUGAAGAUAUGAUGGUCGAGAAAUUCACAAAGAAGUUUCAGGCAGAGAAAGCUGAGAAACAAAGCAAACAAAUUAAACUUUGUACAAAGGUGCCACCAAGCAGCAAAAGAAGUUUCUUCGGAGGAGGUGGACCUAGCAACCUGUCAAAUUCCAACUACAAGAGCCCUAUACUGAAAAAAGCUAGGAUAGAGGUUAACAGUAGAGCAAGAAUGCAAGCUGCUAUCCAAAAGAAUAGUCUUGCAAGGUCAUCUCAACCAGCAAGGAUGACCUCUCUCAGUGGGCAGCCAAUGAGGACAACGACCAUUCAUAGACCCAAUUCAACAAUCACCAUCACCAAACCGACUGGUGCAAACAGGCAAAUUCAGAACAGCAGACACAAAUUCUAGAAAAUGGUUUGCUGCGACAUCUCGGGAGCUCAAUAGCUCAUGUGGCUUCUUGCAGAAAGUAUCUCCUUUGUACAAGUGUGCUGCCAUUUCAUGAAGUCCUUGUGCCCUGGGACACAGCCUUUCUUUGGUUUUUGCCCUAGCUGAGCACUUGCAGUUGUAUCUUAAAGGAGUAACCAUUUGGCAAAGGAGAAACACACAAAUUGUACCAUAAGUACAUUAUCAAUAUUUGUAACAACCAUUUACUUAUUAAAGAAAAAAGCAUGUUUCGUGGUUGGCUCUUCUUA